UGGAAAUGGAGUACAGACACAAAUUUUCAUUAUUUGGUUCGACAAUGGCACAGUAGUGCAAAGGAAACAGAUAGCUAUAUACUUGCAAAAGGAGAGCAUCAGAAGUGAACAUGGAUAAUCAAAACACUGAGGAAAGAUUCAGCCUGGACUGCAUGGAACAAAGUGGCAUCAGUAUUUCGGGGUUCUCAGAUGAGAUCUUGUUGAACAUUCUGAAGCAUGUUCCCAGUCAUGACCUGGUGCUCAGCGUGGGGUGGGUCUGCAGAAAACUGAAGACUUUAAGCCUGGAUAAGAGCCUCACCAACCAUGUCACACUCUCCAAGGAAUAUCUGGCAAGUGAUGAUGCAGUUAAGCAAGUGGUGAAAGAGUUGGCGAGUGAAAUUCAGUCCCUCAGCAUGAGUGGCUGCUACUGGCUUUCUGGCAAUACCAUUGACCAAUUGAUCAGGUGCAAGGGCCUGGUCAAGCUGGACCUCACAGGCUGUCGACUGACGUCAGUGCGCCUAUCCAAGAUACUGUCCUCCCUCCGGGCCCUGCGCUCUUUGGCCAUCGACAUUAACCCUGGUUUUGACUCCAACCAGCUAAGUACUGAGAGCAAAGCUACCCUGAGCCAGGUCAGUGAGCUCAAACAAACCCUUUAUACUCCAUCGUAUGGGGUGGUCCCCUGUUGCACCAGCCUGGAGAGACUGCUGCUGUAUUUUGAAAUCUAUAAUGUCACCAGGGAAGGGGCCACUGUUUGCUGCCAGCUUAUGGUGGGACAGAGCAGUAUCCUGCAUUAUCAGAGACUACAGGUGUUUUAUGCCAGGCUGGCCCCUGGCGAUGUCAAUCAGACACUCAUGAACCUGUACCUGGCCGUCUUCAGCGUACGGGUUCCAGAGCACUUGCGCGUUUUUGUUAUAUCGGUCCCCGGAAACAGCAGCUGGCACGCGGCAAAGAGCUUCCUGGAGGGCAUGGCGAUAAACGGGGCUCUGGAGGCCCUGCAGCUGCCCAGGACGUGGGUGGACAGGUCAGCCCUCCAACACAUUCUCAAACACAGCGUGCCAGUCCACCUCAACUUCAGCCGUUGCCCGAGUUUUGGUAACCAGGUGAUCCACAGCGUGCUGGACAGUGUGAAGGACCCCAGGCACUUAGUCAACUUGAAUCUGAGCGGCAGCUUUCAGGAGGACAUAGACUGCCACGUGAUGGAGGCCUUAGUGAGUGCCUGUCCUAACCUCAAACGCUUGAACCUCUCUGCAGCGCACUACCACGGCACCCCGGGCUCAGACGAGCACCUCUGCGCCGUCCUGGGCAAACUCAAGAGCCUGCGGUCCCUGGCGCUGCCCGUGUGCGCCGCUUCGGACGGGAUGAAAAACGCGGACCAGGCGCCGAGGGAUGAGCCGGCGCUCUCCAGCUCUCUCCUGCUGGGCCUGAAGAGGAGCGCCCGCGUUGGUGUGCAGACCUACAGGGCGGACCCGGAGCAGAGGGACAGCGAAUCCAGCCACAGCUUCAGGGCACUGCUCGAGGGGAACCCCUUCCUGGAGGAGCUGGAGCUGAUGGAGUCUAACUUCUCCUCUGCCAUGCCCCGCAACGAGCUCGCCAACCGCAAGGAGCAGGCGGCCUGCGGCUGGGCGGGGCAGAUCGGGGACUCGGAGGUGGCGGAGCUGGGCGGCCUGGCCUUCCUGCGCAGGCUGACCUUAGCGCAGCUGCCUGGCGUCCUCAAGGGAACGGGACUGCUGCAAGUGGCCAUGAGGUGCAGAGAUCUGCAGGUGCUCUCUCUGGCUAACCUGGGGACACUGAAAAAUAUGACCUACAUGCCAGCCCUUAUUGAUGCUCUUCCUCACUGUAAGCAGCUUAAAGACCUCAGACUGGAGCAGCCGUACCUCAAUGCCAACACGCGCUUCUUCCAGGCCCUGAGCCAGUGCCACGCCCUGCGGCGCGUCUGCAUCGUCUCCCGCAACGGGACCUUCCAGUCCGACGCGGUGAUGUCAUUCAUGGACAGCUGUCUGGAUGUGGUCAUGUGCCACAUGUUCAUGGGUGGGACCCUGGUGGUGUGUAGGACCCUUCAGAAGGCCUUGCAGGACAGGUUUACACCUCAGCGCCCGGCGCUAAACGUGGUGAUCUACCCCCUCCUGCACGAAGACCUGGCCCUCCUCAUCAGGGACAUACCCCUCCUCCACCUGGACGAGAUCACGCUCUUCAAGAGCCGCGUGGCCGAGGACCCGCCCCGGCUGUGGUGGUGAUGGACGCGGCGGGCCCUUGGGGCCACGUGCCGGUCGCUCCUGUCAUCUCACAUGCACGCUGCGUACGGCGGGGACGUUCAGGGAGGCGCGUCGCGCGUACAGCCCGGUGGAAAGCCCAUCUUAGCGGUGGAUGGGGUGGGGGGGGAGUUCAGGACCUCAGGCUGUUGGAGGGUCAGUGCUUAUGUGUGGUAUACGCUCUUCAGCGAGAACACUUUUGCUGAAUUGCUCCACUAAAUAACCCAUCUGUGUAAGUGAGUUCUAGAAUAUGUUUAAGAUGUGGUAAUAUAAACACUGCGAGAUAUGUCCAUCUCCCGCCCGCCAUCCCCCGCCCCCCUUUCUCCGAGGCCUGUCUUUUUGAGGCGUUUUUUGCUGCCUUUGUGAUAUGUCGCUGCCGUCACCACUUCGUUUACUCUACCAAGGAGCCUGAAUGGCGCUUAAAUGACCCACUUCCAGGAGUGUUUCCCCUCGGUGUAUAUCUUCUUGUGGAAAUAGAGAGCUCCUGCUGAUGUUGAAUUGGCUGUGCUGUCCGGGUCUCUGUAGAGGUAAGCUAUUACCGCCUGAUUACUUUUCAACCUCCGGCUCCGGCACCUCGGCGGCUCACCGGGAACGCCGGGGCAGGGGAGCGAGAGGAGCCGUCAUUAGCCCCGCUGUCUGUCACCUCUCAAUAGCCGGCCGCUGAGAAUGCGACUGAUUGCUAAUUUUGUAUUGAGCGGCAGUAAUUUGUUAACAGCAACCUAAUUGGGAAGGAGUGGUGGGGGUGGGGGUGGGAGUGGUGGGGUUUGGGCAGGGGGGGUUAGAUAAAAAGCAAUACACCUGGUGAUAGUUCCAUUUUCUCCCUUUCCACCUUCUCUCAGCUGGGGCACUCUUGCAAUCACGGGGCAGAGAGGUUGCAUUCAAAAACGCUCCUUCUCAAGAACAUAAUGGCCCACCUAUCAGGCCUCUGAAAUCACCCGUCUCCCCUCUCAGCCGCUCCCUUCCGCGGGAGUCAUUUCCCCCUCCUCGGCCCCGAGUCCCGUGCGGAGACGUGCCGAGGCCCCCUUUCGGCCGCGCGGCUCCGUCUGCCCCGGCCCGCCGCCGCGCGUUAGCCUGCUUUGCUCGCCGAUCAAAACGAACCCGCGCGACAGGCUGGCUAACGGCGCGGCGAAACGAGCGGACCCAUCAGACGGCGCGCUGCGGAGAUCGGGCAGGGGAAGGGCGUGCGGACGCGGCCGACAGCGGUGUUCACAGUUGAGACCGUGGCAGAUGAGCAGAUGCUGUUUUUAUGACGGUGCUUUACCCGACUUUAUUGCUUUCUGUGUUUGGCGGAAUGGGAAAGUUGGCAGCCGUAGAUUGUUUUUGGUCUUGUGCUCCGUGCUAAAAGGCAUGCUGUUAAAGUAAACCUAUCUAUCUCUUGGAGACCGCGGCUUGUGGGAGUAGAAAGGGAAACUGCAAUGAAAUCCAGCCUAAAUCCCACAAGACUGCAUCUACCAAGCAGCAAAUUGUAUUAAGUGCUCUAGUGAUAAAAUCAGGUUCUUCAGCCUUGUGUCACAGAAACGUAGUUUGUUUUUACUGAAAACACCACUACUAUGAGUGCCAAUGGAGGAUGUGUAGACAAAGCUUCUGUUAAUGGUUCUCCGUGUCUGACCAUUUCAUCCCAAUGGAAAGGAUCUCUUGCCUUCCAAUGUGUACUUUUCAGUGGAAAAUUAUAUUUCAUACGCACCGUUGUUCACGUUGUAUGUGUGCCUGUUGAAAUCGGCAAUACUCAAUGGCUAGAAAGUGAAAUGUCUUUGAGAACAGUAAAAUAGGGUAUUGUGUCUUUGUGGCUUACAACUGCACCAGCAGCACUUGUUUUUCUAAAAUACCAGCUGAAUGGUUGAGAGCAUGAUAUGUAUUGAAUGUUUGCAUUUUUAUGGUUUUCGUCUUUUGAGUGGGCUUUGAGAAAGAAAUGCUUUUUUUUUUUUUACAUGGUUUCCAGUGACGAUAUUGUGAUGGGUUUUAUUUUCAUCAACACAUUUCAUUACAAAUAAAUAAUAUAAAGAAUAAAUAAAA